AUGACUAUCGCUGAGGUCGUCACGGACGAGUCACUGCAGCCCGUGCUUGGUACAAGCGCUGAGACCCUCGCCCAAUGCCAUCAUCUGCUCUCCUUGCUAAACCCUGUCGCGACUGACCCCGCCACCCUCCACGAUCUAUCCUUGGCGGCCUCGAAGCAACAGAAGGUCCUCUAUGCUCUACUUGCCCAGCUGCGCGGUCUAAAUCGAGACGCUUGCUUUCGCGUGCGAGACACCAAGCAGGCCACCGCCGAGGCUCGUCAAGAAAUUGACCGACUGCACCUUCAGCUACAAAAUCUCUACUAUGAGCAGAAGCAUUUGACGGGAGAGAUCGCCGCCUGCGAGGCUUAUGAUCACAAGUACUUGUCGCUACCUCUCAUCCCCGUCGAAGAGUUCCUGGAGCAGUUCCCCGAGCACCAGGACACCAACGAGCAUGAACUCAUGAUCGCACGCAUCAACCACGAACAUGCUGAGCGUGAAAAGCUCGAGCAGGCGCGCCAGGAGCUUCUCAAGCGCAAACAGGCCCUAAUAAUGGAAAACAAGAAGCGAAAAGAUGACCUCGCUAGCCUAGAUCAGGACCUGGAGAAGUUCAUUGAUGCUGCCAAACCCAUUCAAAAGAUCUUCGAGAAGGAGUACUAG